CCCACCUUCAUCAUCUCUUGAUAUGGGAAAGAAAGGAAGUGGUUCGUGGUUUACCGCAGUCAAGAGAGCUUUUAGUCCAAAUAAAUCAAAGAAUCAAGAUCAAGAUUUCGAUCAAGAAGAGGACAGGAAGAGGGAGAAGAGAAGAUGGUUGUUUAGAAAAUCAUCAAAUGCUGUACAAAUACCGAGUCAAGUGAGAGAUAAUGUAUCAAGUAACGAUGUUCCACAACCUAAACAUGCUGUCCAUGACCUCGCUGCAGAGGAGGAAAAGCGUGCCAUUUUAAUGGCGGCAGCCACCAUUAAAGCGGCUGAAGCUGCUGCCACUACCGCCCAUGCAGCUGCGGAGAUUAUUCGUCUCACCACCAGACCUUCUCCCAUUUCUGUUAAGCACCAUUUCGCUGCCAUUCUCAUUCAGACAUCUUUCCGUGGCUACCUGGCAAGAAGAGCACUACGAGCACUGAAGGGGAUAGUGAUGCUUCAAGCAGUGAUUCGAGGUCAGAAUGUAAGAAAGCAAGCAACCAUCACUUUAAGAUGCAUGCAGGCACUUUUACGAAUAUACGACAAAGGAAGUCCAUGUCCAGAGACGGAAGUUGCAUUCCAGAUGAUUGGAGUGACAGACCACACUCUCUUGAAGAGCUGGAUGCGAUAUUACAGAGCAGAAAGGAACGUGAAGCGUCUCUUGCUACAGCUUUCUCCCAACAGAUGCAGAAACUCAACAGAAACCCAUCUAGCAUGGAUGAAAAAAGAGCUUGAAGAAAGUGCUAGUUGGUUAGAUCGGUGGAUAGAAGCAAAGCAAUGGGAAAACCAGAGAACCAGCAGAGCUUCUUUAGACAGAAGGGACUCAAUAAAAACCGUUGAAAUCGAUACUUCAAGACCCAAUUCUCGCUCAGGUACAAGCGCUUACAAAUUACAACAAUACCAUGCUUCACAUUACAUCCCCAACUCACCGAGUCGAAGAUCAAGCUACAGUCCUUCAACAGGUCAACAACCCAUCACACCAUCUCCGAUCAAGACCAGACCAUUACAGAUCCGGUCAGCAAGUCCGCAUUGUUCAAAAGAGGAGAGAAAUUACUUGAAUGCAAACAUACAUAGCCUACGCUCAACCCCACGUGUCAGUGGGUCCAUGUUUAGGUAUAGCACGUGUGUAAACGACAUAGCAAUACCUAACUACAUGGCUGCUACAGAGUCUGCGAAAGCAAAGAUAAGGUCGCAAAGCACACCUAGACAGAGACCCGCAACACCAGAGAGGGAACGAGUGGGGUCUGCUAAGAAAAGACUAGCAUACCCCAUCCCUGAUCCAUGUGACAAUGGCAGUGAGGGGUACAAGGGUCAUUAUUACUCUGAUCAUAAUUAUGGCCAUAACUUGAGGAGUCCAAGCUUCAAGAGUGUCCAAGUGGGUCAUGUUGGUAUGGGACAGCAAUGGUAUUAUGCAGACAGCACUAAUGGUGGAGAGCUUUCACCUUGUUCUACUACUGAUUUAAGAAGGUGGCUUAGGUGAGUUAAUUAGUGGCAUGUCGACAUAACAUAGAGAAGAAGUAGCAUCAAGUUUAGGUGAUGUUUGAUGAACCGAAACAAAAGAAAUUAGGGUUCCAUUUGUUGCCAUUUUCAUAUAUCUUGUAUUAAAUCUAUUCUCUUCAUUGUUUCCAACUAUUGUAAUAUUUAUUGAACAUGGGCAUG